UCUGGUCCACAGACCAGAGACAGUCCUCACACACACACACACACACACACACACACACACUCUGCAGAUUUUACUCGGAGGAUUUGAACCGAACCAUGGACCUGAUCCAGGAUCAGUGAGAAGUUUCUGGACGCUGCGUAACUCUGGUCGACCUUGGAACAGACGGGACCUCCGCUCGUCCAAUCAUGGACCUCCCCGACGACCUCCUCAUGUCCAACUCUCCGCUCGUCCAAUCAUGGACUUCCCCGACGACCUCCUCAUGUCCAACUCCACCUCCUUCCCCCGGGUGGCGACACAGAUUUAUCUGAACGCGUCUGAGCCUCCGUGCCCGGCGUGGCCCCCGAUCCCUAUGACCACGGUCAUACCCACCGUGUACAGCGUCAUCUGCGUUCUGGGGAUUGUGGCCAACGCUCUGGCCGUGGCCGUGUUGGCGCACGCCAGCGCCUCACGCAGGACGGUGGCCAACACGUUCAUGUUGAACCUGUGCGUGUCCGACCUGCUCUUCCUGCUGUCGCUGCCCCUCUGGGCCGUCUACUACUCCCACGGCUACAACUGGCCGUUUGGCCGCGUUUCCUGUAAGAUCUGCGGCGUGCUCCACAACCUCAACCUCUACGCCUCCAUUUUCUUCAUCACGGCGAUGAGCGUGGACCGCUACCUCGCCAUCGUUCAUCCCUUCCGCUCUCAGAGGACGCGCGACCCCGUGCUGGCCCGGUUCACGUGCAUCCUGGUGUGGGUUCUGGCCUGUCUGUGCUCCAUGCCCACCCUAGUGUUCAGAGACACUCACUACAUCGAGUCCCUCGGCGUGGAGGCCUGCGCCAUCAAAUACCCCAGCCACACCUGGUACAUCGCCCUGGUCCUCAUGAAGGUCAUUUUGGCUUUCCUUCUCCCCCUGCUGGUCAUCUCCUGUUGCUACUGCGCCAUCGGGCGCCACCUCCUGGGGGGCACGGGGCUGGUGCGAAUGCGGACGAAGAAACUUCCCGUCGCCGCGGCCUCCUUCAAAUCAUCGCAGUCCGCGGAGAACGCCACUAAAUCGGACCGACCCCCGACACCCGGCGUGACCCCCAGCUGUUCGGGGGGAGGGGCCCACGAGGGCAGGGGGGUGGAGCGCGUCCUGUGGACGGUGGCGGCCGUGGUCUUCGCCUUCUUCUUCUGUUGGUUCCCGUUCCACUGCGUGACCUUCAUGGACGUCCUGCAGAGCGAGUCCUGGUUGGACGGCUGCUGGGUCAGCUGGACCGUCUCCACCCUCACCCCCCUCACCCUCUGCCUGGGCUUCUCCAACUCCACCAUCAACCCCGUGGUUUACUGCUUCAUCGGGAACCACUUCCGGGGCCGCCUGGGGGGGCUGUGUAAGGGCCUGUGUGCCCGCCUGAAGCCCCGGGGGCCGGACCACCGCCACAAACGAGGUUCCUUCAGCACCAGACUGAGUUCUUUCUCUCGAAAACUCAGCGACCUGAAAGACCUGGCCAUCGUGGAGCCCGGCGGUCCUGAUUAGACGCCUCCCGGGGGGGGAGGGGGGGUGAGUGGGGGUGAGAGACUCCCUUUAUGACUGCGGUCAGUGGUCCUGCCUCACUGCAGGGACGUCAGGGGUUCGAGCUCCAGUUUUAAAUUAUGGAGUUUUUUUUUUCAUGUUGUUUUUUUGUGUAUAUUUUCUCCAGAUUAUUUAUUCACUCUGAAUCUGUGAUUAUCAACUGGUGGCCCGCAGGCCCAAUCCAGGCCGUGAAUGGACCCUAAAUGUUGAACAAAAAAUGUGACUGAACUACAUUUGUCCUCCGUGGAAUUAAGAAAUUAAACUUUCAGAUUUCAGCAGCUACAGAAAUGAAAAAUGAAGAUGAAGUUUUCUGUGAAAAGGUCAAAGGUUGUUUGUGUUUGUUUUUCUGUGUAUGAUUUUUUUUAUAAAGAUUUGUUUUUUUAUUUUAUGAUAAAUAUAAUAUUAUAAUACAAAUUAUAAACAGUGUUGAAAUGAAAUGAAAAUAAAUCUCCUUCAAAAUGUGACGUUUGCUCUCAUUUCAAACACGGCGGUGGGUGGGGGGGGCACCUUGACCUGAUGACCCCCUCCCACCCUGAUGUAGUGAAGUUCUUCAUGUCCAUGUGUGAAAAUGUCAGUUUGUUAAAAAAUAUAAAUAUAAAUAUAAACAAAUAAACUAAAACCGUCACCAGG